AGCGUGCCGGACCACGGAGGGAGGCGCCAGUCAUCGAGCAGCAGCGACGACGACAGGCAGCCAUGGACGGCCUAAGAGGCAGCAACCGCAACUGGGGUAUCAGCGACAACGACGGCAUGAGAGGCUCGAACCGGGGCUGGAGCUCCACGGAUUCAGACGGGCUGCGAGGUGGAUCAGAAUGGUUCAACAGUGGCACCAGCAGCAAUUGGAACAGCCGGGAUAACUGGAAAUCAGAACUAACAAGAUGGGAGAGUGAAGAUGAAUACUUAAGCUUUAAUACAGAGAAAAUGGAAAUGGGAAAUGUACAUUCGGCCAAUCUAGCUCUCCCUGUCGGUAUGAUGAGUGGUGACUACGAUCGAAGCUCUUACGGGAGCUCCAGGUCUUACCAGGAAUCCUAUUCUAAUAGGAAUGAGAGGUUUGGACCUUAUGAGUCGCAUGACUCCAGGUCUGCUCUGGAUGGCCGUGAUCUGUAUAGAUCUGGCUACGAUUUACAUGAACCAGGACGAAGUCGCUUUGGGGAUAGCUAUCCUGAUCGAUCCGAGAGCUCCUACAGGAAUUUCGGUGAUCAAUACCUUGACCCUUAUGAAGGUAGAAGCCAGAGCCGAUUAUAUGAUAAUGGCAGGUCUAACUGGGAUGACACCUACACACAUUCAAGUUCAAUGCCUAGGGUGUGGGCUGAGUCGGAUACGGGAAGAGGAAGUUACUCUUCCUACAACAGCUUUUCUUCACUCCUUUCGAAGCCUUCAUCUGUAGGCUCUCGGGGGAGGGGAAUGCUUGGUUAUUCUGGCAACGAAUAUGGAGGCGGAUCCUUUUCGAUGAUGGGAGGACAAGGAGGAGGCAGAGGUCGAGGCAGAGAACUGUCAGAUGUAGAUAUGUACUCAAGAUCUGGGAAUAAUCAAUCAUACAACAGAGGUGGGUUUGCGUCAAAUUUUGGACGAGGCAUGAAAAGGAAAGGGAUACAAAUCAACAAAGCUGCAAUAAAGAAACAGAAACUGGCAGCUGCUGAAAAAAUACUCAAAGCGGCUGCAGCCAAGGCAGCUAACCAGGCUAACAAUGGAGAAUCUAAGACUCCUGCAUCAGGUACAGAUCAGGAACUGAAGGAUGAAGAUUUUACUAAAGAUGCAUAUGAACCAGAUGCAUAUGAAUGCUUUGACAAAAAUGAGGGUAAAAAGAAACCUGAUACCGAAGAUGAAGAGGAGAAAAAGAAACUUGAGGCAAGAAGAGAAAAGCAACGACGCAGGCGUGAGAAGAACACUGAAAAGUAUGGAGAGGAUUACCGGAAUGCAUUCACAUGCUCCCUUUGUAAGUUUCGAACUACGGAGGAGCAAGAGAUUGAGGCUCACCUGGAAACUCCAUACCAUAAGGAAACUCUUGAUUUCAUUGCAAAGAACAUUCAGUUUGACAAAGGAGCUGCAGAUUUUCUUCAUGCAUCUAUGGUGAACAAGAAUAAGAAAAUUGCAGCUCGCAAACAGCUGCAACAGCAGGAACAAAAGGAGCCGGCACAGAAGCUUUCCAAGGAUGUUUUGAUGGGUGUUUCUUCAGAUGAUCAAAUGAAAAAGGUUGAAACUGUUCAGUGCGCUGUCUGCAACACCUAUAUUCCUUUCCUCUUUCACUCUGUACAGCAGCAUUUGAAGUCUAAUGAACAUAUCAAUAGCAAGAAGAAUUAUCAUGACCAAGUUAGAAGGGAGAGUCUCCUCACAGCCAGUAGCAUGCUGAACAAUCCAACUGUAAAGGCUAAAUUUGAGCUCUUCCUUAAGGGUGAGAAUCCUUUUGAAAAUCCGCAAGAGCAGCUGCAGCAACAGCAGCAGCAGCAGGAACAGCAGCCGGAGCAGCAGCAGCAGCCAGAGCUUGAACAGCAGCAGCCAAAGGAGGAGAAAGAGGAGGAGAAACAAGAGCAGGAAGAAUUCCAGGCAGACGAAUCAAAUGAUCAGGCACCGGUGCAAGAGGAAAAUGAAGCGGAAAUGGGGGAAGAGGCAGUUGAGCCUGCUGACCAGUAGCAACUUCAGAAAGCAUGUAGUUUCCUUCAUUCUGAUUCUAUAAAAGUGCAGCAGUAAUGAGAAAGAUGCUUCCCCACUAUCCUCACAAGCAUUGUUGUGAUGGUUUGAUAUGCCUUGGCUAAUUUGUAAUCACAAUGCUUUCUCUGCAGUCUAUUAAUGUUUUGUUUUUGUUAACAGAUUAGUGAUUACUUUUCCAUAAAGAACCAUGUAUUAUUGGAGGAAAUACUUAAGUAUAAUUGAAAAGAUGUUCAAAUAGGUCUGAGUUCUCAAACAUGAAACAAUGUGUCUUUUAAAGAACUUCUGCAUUUUGGUGCAUCAAGUGUUUAGAAACUUGUUAGAAACCUGGCUUAUUGUUGCAUAGUUUAGGAAGGCAAGGAAGCAAUGCAAUUUUUACUUAAAAUCUCUUAUUGUAAUCAUUUAGAAUGCAUUUGCUUAGCUACUGAUUUACAUUAAAAAGGUUUUGCUUGUUUUCCCACGUUGUAAAGUCAAAGCUUGGCUUAAUCAUCUUUUCACUGAUGUGAAGCCUGUUGUAUGCUAUUAAUGGGAAUUAAAAAAGUUUUAGAUACAUCAUCUUAAACAUGAGAUUCUGCAAAUGCUAAAAAUUUCGAAUAAUACAUGCAGAUAUGUAAUCUUUUGGUUUGUGAACAAAUUAGCACUAGUUAAAACUGGAAGAAAGUGUAAAUGUUUACUCAUGACCUUCCAGGCUGAGCAAUUGAAAAGAAACAUGAGUUGAAUGGUGGAAUACAAAGGAAAGGAUGCUGUACUGGGUUAGCAUCAUAGAAAUGUGCAUCCCUUCUGGUCUCACCGCAACCAUGCUCUUCUGCACUAAUCCAAUUUUCCUGUGUAUCUGCUCCUUUUCUAUUCAAGUACCUGUCUAAUUGUCAUUCUUUAAGUGUCUGUCCUGUACAAUCCCCUCUGAUAGUUCAUUCCAAAUGUUCACCAACUUCUGGGGGUGGGGGUGUAGGGUAGAACUUGCCUCUCAUAUCUCCAUUAAAUUUCUCUCCUCUCUUUUAAGCUGUUUCCUGUAGCUCUCGUCUUUUCUAACAAGGGAAACUCGACCCCACGUCCCUCAGGUUUGUAAAUCUGUAAGGCCAUUCCUCAACCACCUAUAUUUAAGUGAUAAUAAUCUUGGCCUACCCAACUUCUCCUUACAACAGGCAAUAUCAUGGUGAAUCUCUGCACUUUCUCUUGCUAUCACAUCCUUCUUGCAGUGUGACUAGCACUGUACACAAUACCCCAAGUGUAGUCUAAACAAUGUUUUGUACAACAGUGGCAUGGUGCACCAACCUUGUACUGAGUAUCUCAGUCCAAGCAUGCAAUCUACUUUUUGUUUUUGUGACCAACCAUGUUGCUGCUAUCAAAAAUGGACUUGCACCCCAAGGUCUCCCGGUAUGUCAGUGCUUUUAAGGCUUCUGCCAUUGAUUAUGUGUCACAACUGAGUUGGACUCCCAAAGGGAAUCACCUUACAUGUGCUGCUUUAAAUUCUAGCUGCCCCCACUCUACUCAACUUGAAACCUUCAUUAGGACACUACCAAUUUUUGUAUCCACUGCAAACUGACUGAUCAUACCCUUGCAUUCUCAUACAAGUGAUUUAAACCAAAAUUAGCUUCCAGUUUUUUAGCACCACUGAGAAUUUGCCCUAAAUACAUGGUUAAUUUGAGUGCAUGCAUAAUCAUAGGAAUGAUGAGUUCAUUUCUUUCAAUGUUGAAAAUUUAGGGAUCGGUUAGACUGAGGUUUUUAGCAUAUUGUGGAUUAUAUGUAAGUGGAUAAGAACUUAGGGAGUGAGCUGAUAAGCAGGAAGGCUUGAUCCUAAACCCUUGCACAAUUUCUGCAACAAAAGGGAAUCAUUAAUGAAUGUUGAACAGUGCCUAUUUUAAAAAUUGGUUCGUGUUUAUGUUGAUAAAGCAGAAUUCAAUCCUGAAUUCUUAUAAAACAGGAACAGAAUUAAGCAACUUGACCUGUAAGGUCUGCUUUGCCAUUUGAUCAUGGCUGAUUUACUACUUCCCCCUCAUCUCCAUUCUACCCGUAACCAUAACACUUCCCGUAACACAAGUCACUUGUCCAUUUUUAUCCUCUAAUCAUAAGACAUAGGAACAGAAUUAGGACAUUUGGUCCAUCAAAUUGUAAUUUGAUAUUGGCUGAUGCAUUAUCCCUCUCAACUCCAUUCUCCAGCAUUCUCAGUGUAACCUUUCAUGCCCUAAUCAACCUAUCAACCUCUUGGGCGUCACAGCUUUCUGUAGCAAUGAAUUCCCCAGAUUUACUACCCUCUGGCUAAAGGAAUUCUGACUCAUUUUUCUUCUAAAGAGACAUACUUGUUUUCUGAGGCGUUCCCUCUGGUGACAGACUCCCCCACUAUAGGAAAUAAUCUCCAUUUCCACUCCAGGCCUUUCAAUAUUCUGGCUUCAAUGAGAUUCCCUCUCAUUCUUCCAAACUCCUGUGAAUUCAGGCCCGGAGCCGUCCAAUGCUCCUCAACCCCAUGAGUCUCCUCUGGACCCACCCCACUGCCAGCAUGUCCCUUCCUAGAUGAGAGGCCCCAAAUCUGCUCACAAUACAGAGUGCAGUCUGACCAAUGCCUUAUAAAGUGUCAGCAUUGCAUUCUUUCUUUUAUAUUCCAGUCCUCUCAAAAUUAAUGCUAAAUUGUAUUUAUUUAUUGAUUGAGAUAACGGUGCAGAAUAGGCCCUUUGAACUGUGCUGCCUUGUAAUCCCCUAACUUAUUCCUAACCUAAUCAUGGGACAAUUUACAAUGACCAAUUAACCUACCAACUGGUACAUCUUUGGAUUGUGGGACGUAACAGAAGCACCCAGGGGAAACCCACGCAGUCACAGGGAGAACAUAACGAACUUCUUACAGGCAGUGGUGGGAUUUGAACCUGGGUCACUAGUACUGUAAAGCGUUGUGCUAACCACAGCACUACCAUUACCUUCUUUACCACCAACUCAUAAAGCAAGUUAACCUUUAGGGAAUCCUUCAGAUGGACUCCCAAGUCCCUUUGUAACUCUUAACUUCUGAAAUUUGUCCCCAUUAUUGCUUUGAUGGUACAGUCAUACCAUGUUCAUCACCACAAGAAAUUUUUUUUUUAAGUGUCAGUGUGAUAGUCAAACUUGCAGAUAAUCUCAGUCUCUGAACACUAAAAGUUCUCAGUGAUCACUGUUCGUACUGUUCCAGUGUCUGAAUAUCUGAAUACGAGAAAUGGGACUGGUCACACCUGAACCCAAGUGGGACCAAUAUCCUUGCGGGCAGGCUUGCUAGAGCUGUUUGGGACUGUUCAAACUAAUUUUGCAGAGGCAUGGGAACUGGAGAGAUGGUACUGAAGAUGAAGUAUUUAAUUACAAACAGGCAGAGUGUAGUGAACAACUAGCAAGGAGGGGCUGAUUAUACAGCAAAAUUGCAGUCAACGGGAUGAGUUGCAAUGUAAAAGGCAGACAAAAUUGAAAAGGGUGAACACAGGACUGAAGGUGUUAUUAUUUGAAUGCACAGAAUAAGGUAGAUAAAUUUGUAGCACUAUUACAGACUGGCAUUGUGGGCAUCACUGAAUCAUGGCUGAAAGAAGAUCAUAGCUGGGAGCUUAAUGUCCAAGCAUGCACAUUGCAUUGAAAGGACAGGUAGGUAGGCGUAGGGGUGGCAUGGUUAGAAAGUGAUGACACAGGAUCAGAAGUGUUGUCAUUAGUAACUGCAAGGGUAAAAAGACCUUGAUGGGAGUUAUAUACAGACCCCCAAACCGUAGUUAAGAUGUGGCCUACAAAUUACAACAGGAGAUAGAAAAUGCACGUCAAAAGGGCAAUGGCAUGAUAGUCAUGGGGGAUUUCAAUACGAUUGGGAAAAUUAGGUUGGUGUUGGAUCCCAAGAGGAGGAAUUUCUAGAGUGCCUAUAAGAUGGCUUUUUAGAGCAGCUCGUGCUUGAGCCCACUAGGAGGUCAGUUUUUCUGGAUUGGGUUUUGUGCCAUGAAUCAGAAUUGAUUAGAGAGCUUAAGGUAAAGAAACCUUUAGGAGACAAGUGAACAUAAUAUGAGAGAAUUCACCCUACAAUUUGAGAAGGAGAAGCUACAGUCAAAUGUAUUACUAUUACAGUGGAAUAAAGGGAACUGCAGAGGCAUAAGAGAGGAACUGGCCAAAAUUAAUUGGGAAGGAACUCUAGCAGGGAUGAUGCCAGAGCAACAAUGGCUAGAAUUUCUGGGAGCAAUUCAUAAGGUGCAGCCUUUUCUUGCCUGGCAAAAAAAGUCAAAGCCAACAUAAAAGCCAAAGAGGGCAUAUAAUAGAGUAAAAAUUAGUGGAAAGUUAGAGGAUUGGGAAGCUUUUAAAAAAACAACAGAAGACAACUAAAAAGAUCAUUAAGAAGGAAAGAAUGAGAUAUGAAGGAAAGCUAACCAAUAAUAUUAAAGAGGACACCAAAAGUUUCUUCAGAUGUAUAAAGCGUAAAAAAGGUGAAAGUAGAUAUUGGACCACUGGAAAAUUACACUAGAGAGGUAGUAAUGGGAGACAUGGAAAUGGCAGAUGAACUGAAUAAGCAUUUUUUUCCACUGUGGAAGACAGCAGUAUGCGGAAAGUCUGAGAGUAUUGGGCAGAAGUGUGAAAUUGCCAUUACUAGGAAACUGAAAGAUCUGAAGGUAGGUAAGUCACCUGGACCAGAUGGUGUACACCCCAGGGGUUCUGAAAGAGGUGGCUGAAGAGAUUGUGGAGGUGUUUCCAGGCAGUGGUUUUUCUCCUGGAACCUACCAGCCUUCUCCUUCCCACCCUCCCCCCCGCCUUCUUUAUAGGGCCUCUGCCCCUUCCCCCUACAGUCCUGACGAAGGGUUCCGGCCCGAAACGUCGACCGAUCUUUUCCACUGGUGCUGCCCGACCUGCUGAGUUCCUCCAGCAUGUUGUGAGUGUUGCUUUGACCCCAGCAUCUGCAGAUUAUUUUGUGUUUUCAGUGGUCCUACUGAGUGUUCUUCCCUUUGUAAUGUUCCUCCAAACAAAGCCCCAGCUUGGGAAGCUGGAAAUGAUCAAUUGGUUUGAAUGAUAAAAAUAUGAAAGGUUUGCUCUUUAAGUGUCAGUUUGCAGAUAAUUACUACUGGCUGACUUUUUUCAUUCAGAUUUGCUCUGUGGAUCCAUGGAAACUCAUUUACAGUGAUUAUCAAGCUAGCAGGCAUUUUGUGCAGAUAAAACAGAGAAUGGUACAGCAUAGGAAAGUCCUUUGGCCCAUGAUGUUGUGCUGAACAAAUUAAGCCAAUAGCUAUUAUACUAAUCCCUUCUGCCUGCACAUGGUCCCUAUUCCAAUAUCAGCAUCAGAGCUUUUUAAUCACCUCUUAUAUUUUCCUCCACCACCCCUGGUAAUGCAUUUCAGGCACUUGGCCACUCUUAAAAAAAAAACUACCUUGCAUAUCUCCUUUGAAUGUUUCCCCACUCAUCUUCAGUGCAUGUCUUCUGAUGUUGGAUGUUUCUACUCGGGGAGAAACAGAUACAGUUGUGUGCGGCUCUCAUAAUUUUAUAACCCUAUGUCAAGUCUAUGUUCAGCUUCCAACACUGCAGAGCAAACAACCCAAGUUUGCCCUUACAGUGCAUGCCAGCCAAUGCUGGCAGCAUCUUGGUAAACCACAACCAGAAUUGAAUGCAGUUCUCCAAAUGUGACCUAACCAGUGUUUUAAAGCAGCAAUAUAAUUUUAAAUAUGCAAUUAAAAAUUUUAAACUGGGAAUGAUUUGAAUUCAUCCAGUAGCUGGGGCCCGAGCAUCGAUUCAUGGGGUGCCUCAAAAUUCACAGUGAGUAACCCUAUGGAAAUUCAUUCCUACCCUUUGUAUUCUGUUUUAUAACUAAUUCUCAAUCCAUGUCAAAAACUAGCCCUGACUCAUGCUUGGUAACCAACUUCAUAAAUAGGACUUAAGCAUAUUUGGAUUCAUCGGAAAAUCUCAAUAUGCCGUAUUGGCGGAGUUGUGUUUAUCAAGUCACAUCUUCAAAAAUCUAUCAAAGAUGAUUACACUAUUUUCUUGCUGAUGAAAUCCCAGAAUUCUUAGAAAAGACUUACUUUGUUGCUAGAUGCAUUUACACAUAUUAGAAACUGGCUGAAAUAUGUUGGUCAGGGUGUGACAUGCAACAAAAACACCAUUCAGUAAUUAUAAUGAAUUAUGAAAAAUAAAAGUUUAUGAAGUUAGAGGUUAAAAGUCACAUAUGGAAUAAAAUAUUCAUAAGUAAAUAUCAGUAUGUAUUCAUAAUGUAAGCAGCAUUAUAAAAGGUGAUUUGAAGUGCUUACAACACAGUGCCGUGACAAGGGUAAUAGAUGGGGGGGGGGGAACUAGAAUGGUCGAUCAGAUUAACUGCCUGAAUGAAGAUACUUUUAAGAUGGUGUAGUUUUUGUUUUAAUAGCCCUAUAGUGCUUUUCCAAAGGGAAUUUUUGAAAAAGGCUGUUUGCAGGGUGGGCAGUGGCUACAAUGAUUUUUCCUGCCCACUUCUUUAUUCUGGACACAUACAAGUCCUGCAGUGAUGGUAGACUGCAACCAGUGAGCUUUCCUGCAGACAUGAUAGUUUGCUGUAGUGUUUUUGGAUAGCGUGAGAGAAUGCUGCACCAAACCAGGCUAGUUAUUCUAUAGAGAUUCCAGCAAUUUCCUUUCCUCUGAUUCUCCUUGUUUUCUCUCUCCCUCCUUUAGUAAGUAAUGGACUCACAUUAGCUCUCAAUUCCACAGGAGCAUUUCUGAAAUUGAUAGCAUUGUGCAAGAUGAUUAGCUUCACUAUAAGAGCUACUUUUACUGCCACAGUUGGAUGUGUAGACCAAGUCAUUGAAUAAAGUGAAGGCUGAUAGAUUCAUGAUUAGUAAAGAUGUCAAAGAUUAUGGGGAGAAGGAGGGAGAAUGGGAUUGAGAGGGAUAAUAAGUCAGCCAUGAAUGGCAGAGCAGACUUGAUUGGCCGAAUAGCCUAAUUUUGCUCCUAUGUCUCAUGGUCUUUCAUAACUCCAGCAUGUAGAUCAUUAGGUCUUGGGAUUUAUCAGCAUUUAAACCCACUACUUUUUUUUAACUAGUACUUAUUUCCCCCAGUUCCUCAUUCUUGUUGAUAUCUUCGUUCUCAUGUAUUUCAGUCAGGUUUUUAUACUUUCCAUGAAGACAGAAUAGUUGUUUAAUUUCUAUGCCACGUCCUUAUUCCCACUGUUCUACUUAUGUUUGUAAUAAUCUUUGCAUCAUUUGAAAUUAGCAUGUAAUGGAUUUAUGGUGAUUGAUUGUAACAUGGUAAAUAUUUUCAUAAAGGAUACAGUUUGCUCAAGGCUGUUUUGCUGAAUGAAGCUGAUAAAAGCUGUAAACUAGUUAAAUAAUAAAUGAUAAUCUUGCAGAAAUGAUCAGAAGAACAUCUAGAUCUACUCAGGGACCUCAUUCCUAAUUUUCUCAUCUUUGCCAACUUCUGAAGGAAAGACAUUCCCAUGGUACAGUUUGUCCAUGGUCCUUUGCCAAAUUAUGUAUGUUGAUAAGUACUCGAGCCUGGAGGAUACUGACCUAGCUCUACCUAGCUAUCAAAGAGCGCAAAUUUCACCACCAAUUCCCUGGAUGUCCACUGGUUGUGGGUAUCUGGGUGUUGGAGUCUCAGCUGAUACUACCUAAUCCAACAGUAUAAAACCCAGGACCCUCUCAUCUGUCUUUUGAAUGGUUGGUUCCUUAAGGUUGUCAUAGCCGGGGGUGGUAAUGGGGAUAAUCUCCCACUACCUUUUAAAUGUUCCCAGUGGUUGCAUCUCAAAUAGCCUCUGACAACCAAGCCCAGCUCCUAGCCUUCACGUGUGGCUUAGCUCCUAAGCGCAGUGGAACCAUUUCUACGGUCAGGAGAAGGGGUAAAGGUGGGUUACUGGUGCCUUGCAGCCAGACACUUCAGGUAGAUGGGGCGCAUCGACCGUGGUUGGCAGCUCAUCUAGGAGAAAGAAAUCAAACCUCCGCUGCCUUGAAUCUCUUCCCACUCAUAGGGAAGGCUUCGGGAGUAAAUGCAGAGCUGGAGUCCUCAAGGCUGUCCUGCGUUGACUGGCAACUCCUGUUAUUAGUUUAUUGGAAUGCUUUGAAAACAAAAAAAAAACACAAAAACUAAUUUGAAGUUUAUGAAAAAUAGCUGAAAAUAAAACAUAGAACAUAGAAUAUUACAGCACAGUACAGGCCUUUUGGCCCAUGAUGUUAUGCAGACCUUUUAACCUCAAAGGUCAAUCUAGCCCUGUCCUCUCACCUAACCCUCCAUUUUUCUAUUAUCCAUGUGCCGAUCUAAGAGUUUCUUAUACACCCUAACGUGUUUGCCUCUACCAUCACCCCUAGCAGAGAGUUCCAUGCAUCCACCACUCACUGUGUAAAGAACUUUCUUCCACUCACCUUAAAAUUAUGCCCUUGUCGUAUAAACCAUCUAUGCCCUGGGGUAAAGGUCUCUGGUUAUGCUCUUAUCACCCUGUACAUCUCCAUCAAGUCACCUCUCAUUCCUCUUUUCUCCAAAGAGAAAAACCCAAGCUCAUUCAACUUAUCUUCACAAGUCAUGGCAUCUCAGCCUGGCAGCAUCCUGCUAACUCCCCUGCAGUCUCGUUAAAGCUUCCACACCCUUCCUAUGAUGAGGCGACCAGAACUGAACACAAUAUUCCUAGUGCCAUCUAAGCAGGGUUUUACAGAGCUGUGACAUUGCCUCACAGUUCUUGAACUCAAUCCCCUGACUAGUGAAGUUUGGACUUAAUUAAGCAGCUGAAUCUCAAAUCAGGUAUAAUAGUUUAUUUGAUUAUAGAAUCAGGUAUUGCAAAGCUCAAAUGAGGUUUCAUAGUAGAGGAUUCUCAUUGUGCCAUAUCACACUGAUCUGACCAGCAACUUAUAGAGUCUACAUGUUAGCUGCUUUUUGAAGCAGUCAACAGAACAGGGGCAAGCCAGGUACACAACGAUUACCUGUGUUCAGCACUAUACAACCCUUGGGCAGAUUGGUGUGUCCAGCUAGCAUAUUCCACCAAAUUAUGUACAUUAAGUCAGGAAAUGUAACUGGCAUUGUGACAUCAAUGGAUCUGGGGUUGAGAGGGUAAACAGCUUUAAGUUCCUUGGCAUCCACAUCACCGAGGACCUCAUGUGGUUUGUACACACCAGCUGUGUGGUGAAAAAGGCACAACAGUGCCUCUUUCACCUCAGACGGUUGAGGAAGUUUGGUAUGGGCCCCAAAAUCCCAAGAACUUUCUACAGGGGCACAAUUGAGAGCAUCCUGACUGGCUGCAUCACUGCCUGGUAUGGAAACUGUAUCUCCCUUAAUCGCAGGACUCUGCAGAGAGUGGUGCAGACAGCCCAGCACAUCUGUAGUUGUGAACUUCCCAUGAUUCAGGACAUUUACAAGGACAGGUGUAUAAAAAGCGCCCAUAGGGUCAUCGGGGACCCAAGUCACCCCAACCAGAAUCUAUUCCAGCUGCUACCAUCUGGGAAAUGGUACCACAGCAUAAAAGCCAGGACCAACAGGCUUCGGGACAGCUUCUUCCACCAGGCCAUCAGACUGAUGAACUCAUGCUGAUUUGAGUGUACUCUGUAUUACAUUUACUGUUCUAUUUAUUAUAAAUUAUUAAAAAUUACUAUGAUUGCACAUGGCACAUUUAGAUGGAGACAUAACAAAAAGAUUGUUACUCCUCAUGUAUGUGAACAAUGUAAGAAAUAAAGUCAAUUCAAUU